AUGUCAACGUGGAACUGCUAUUCAUUCGAUCCGGAGGUUGCACCGCUGCUCGGUUAUCGUCCUUCUAUCACAGCUGGAAUCCUUUUCACGGUUGCCUUCCUUGGUGUCUUAACAACCCAUGUUUCGCAAGCACGCAACACCAUAUGUCCCUGGAUAGGAAUGCUCCUGUCACUUGGGGCUGCAUUUGAGUUCAUCGGAUGGCUUGCCCGCACUUUGGCUUAUCGCUGUCCAUAUAGCUUUAUCAUAUGGAUGAUACAGCUGUCAGUUUUAUGGUCGGCUCCAUACUUUACAAUCUUGGGUAUUUACGGAGCCCUAGACCUCGUGUACGCAAUCAUAGACCGAAAUCGAUCACCUCUCAGGCCUAAGCGGUGGACGGAUGUCUGUAUGACUCUUGCAUGUCUUAGUCUCAUCGUCCAGGCCAUUGGGCUUUCACUGGCAUACAAUGCCAUCAUUACCAACAGCCUAGAUAGGCUGGGGCUCUAUAUCCUCACCGCUGGCUGCGUUGUACAGCUCAUGUCUAUCGGUAUAUUCGUGGUACUGUUCGGAUACUUGAUCAUUCAAGCGAGACAUCGACUCAUCCUGAGAAGGCCGAUGUGCAAGAAUAUAACCGUGCUUGCGUUUGCUUUGGCUUGUACGAUGAUUCGAAGCACUUAUCGUCUGAUUGAGUUGGCGAGUGAAUGGCAAGGUUACUCUUUCACGUAUGAAAGUCUAGUGUGUCUUUUUGAUGGGCUGCCUAUGUUAUCUGCCAAUGUUGUGCUUCGCAUCUGGCAUCCCGCAGUAUUGUUGAAUGAGGCGAUGCUAAUGGAGGCGAGAUUUGCGCGAACGGAGGAGGUCGAAUUGCGAAGAAUGGAAGAUCAGAACGGGCGAGGAAGUCGCUUACUUGACGACUACCGACCGGUUUCUGAGGAGCUUGAGCCAGCUCUUCGUAAGCGAUAG